AUGCGAAGAAAAAUUUAUUUUCCAAUAUCCGAUGUUCCAACACAACAACAAGUAUACGCCAAGCUGUUGGUUCAACCACUAUCAGGUAAGGGCGAUUUUGAGGUUGAAAUUAUGGAACCAGAAAUUAAAUCGAUGACGAAAUUGACCGGACAAAAAAGGAAAGAUGUGAAAAAUAGAAAAACGUUAAAAAAAAAACCAAAAAAAAAUAUUUCUUAUCAAGAAAAAGUUACCCAAUUAAUACAAAAUGAAAAAAUUGCAAAAGAUGUUAUGAAUUCGAUUACAAUCAGACAAAGUGGAGGAGUUGUAACUAUUAAAUCGGUUGUUGAUGAAAAAUGUACUGAUUAUUGGACGUUGGCACAUUAUAAAACCAAAAACAUUGAACAUAUUGAUGCUAAAGACAGGUGGAAACAUGCAGAAUGUUCAUUAAAACUAGCGAUAACAGACCAGUCGAAAGAUCAGAAUGUUUUAGGAGAGCUGAAUGAAAUUGUUCAAACGCUCUUUGAUCGUUUUAUGAAAGACCCAAAUAAA